ACGGGAUUGCGGCGGUCGAAACCUUUUUUUCUCUAUCCCUUCCUCUAGAACCUGAAACUAUAGAAGAAACUGAGCAGAAGAAGUAACUACGGGAGUUUACUUGCGAAGGCAUCGACUGGUAGAAAGAUGCAGAUGAUGAUGGAACUAAAACAUUAUUUGGUGACAAGGGGCUGUGCGAAGCAACCAUAGGUAAGGAUAAAGAUCUACUUGUGUUUGUCGAAGGAAGGACUUUUCUUUCUUCUACAUGAGGCCCGAUGAAGAUGUUUUAUUCACACACUUGGCUAUGAUGUGAUGGACCCGGAAGGCAAGAAGUUUGGAAGAGGACCUCGGGAGGUUACUGGUGCUAUCGAUCUUAUAAGUCAUUACAAACUACUGCUACACCACGAUUUCUUCUGCAGAAGGGUAUUGCCUCAGUCAAUUUCGGACACACAUUAUCUUCACAAUGUUGUCGGUGAUACUGAAAUUCGAAAAGGAGAUGGGAUGGAACUCGAUCAACUCUUUCAGAGCGCUUCAUACUUAAGGGAGACAUCUACUAUACAGCCAUUUGAUUUAGACACCCUCGGCCAGGCAUUUCAAUUACAAGAAACAGCUCCCAUUGAUUUGUCCUCUACAGAUAAGGGCAUUCCCACAAGUAGUGGAAAGUCAAAAGAAUCAAAGGAUAAAUCUAAAAGGCAUAAAAAACAUAAGGACAAGGAUAAGGAAAAGGACAAGGAGCAUAAGAAGCAUAGACAUCGCCACAAAGAUAAGAGCAAAGAUAAAGAUAAGGAAAAGAAAAAGGACAAGAGUGGGCAUCAUGAUUCUGGUGGCGACCACUCGAAGAAACAUCACGACAAGAAAAGGAAGCUUGAGGGUAGCGAGGAUAUUACGGACACUCACAAGCUCAAGAAAAGUAAGGUGGAAGAGAAAUUUUCCUCACGUUUGGGCACUUCUGCGUAAGAAUGCGAAGGAUGACGUUGGAGGAUAAAUUUUGUCCGCAGUCUUCUGCAUUUUGAUUCCUUUUUUUUUUUUCCUUAAAUCUUCCAUGGGAACUUCUGAGUUUUGCUUGAAGGAUCUCCUAUUUUGAAGUCAAAUUUAUGAGGUGAUGGAAAUUCUUUGGUUGGAGCAAUACAGGUUUCAAAAGGGCAAUAAGCUGUCAAAAAUGUAAGAUCUGUGGUUUCUUAAAUUAACUCCAUUGAUUUCAGUCACCAAUAAUUUGCUUGCAAGCAAUUGUUUAAAAAAAAAAAAAAUUUAAUUAUUUAAUGGGUUAGUUUUGUUAGCAUUGUAAGAGGAUAGGGAAAAAAUGAAGUAUUUUUAUU